AAUUCAGCUCAACAACACCCCACUUCUCAAAGUUUUCCCAGCUCAUCCUGAUCCGAGGUUGAAUUUUCUCUCCGAUAAAGAUGGUCAGGGCCAUUGAGCAAGAGCAAGAGAUCUAUCGGUCUAGGCUGUUCCAUCACAAAGGGACACGAGAAGCCACGGGCCACCACGCCAGGACUAUGAGCGUCGAACACACCAACGGGGAUUGGUCGCUCCAUCGGACCAAUGAUAAGGUUGCCAAGUCACGGUUGUCCCGCGAAGACGGGAAGGACAAGCACCCUUCAGACAUGGAACUGAUGAAGGAAAGAUUUGCCAAGUUGCUUUUGGGAGAGGACAUGUCUGGUGGAGGCAAAGGUGUUUCUUCAGCCUUGGCAUUAUCAAAUGCCAUCACCAAUCUUGCAGCUUCUGUGUUUGGUGAGCAAAAACGUCUCGAGCCAAUGUCGCCCGAAACAAGAGCAAGGUGGAAGAAGGAAAUCAAUUGGCUAUUAUCGGUCACCGACCACAUUGUCGAAUUCGUUCCUUCUCAACAGAAAACGAAUGGGAUGAAUAUGGAGAUAAUGGUCACGAAGCAGCGUACGGAUCUGCAAAUGAACAUCCCCGCGCUGCGCAAAUUGGACGCCAUGCUCAUUGAUUGUCUAGACAACUUCCUAAACCAAACUGAGUUCUAUUACGUCUCCAAAGAUGAAGACCAAUCCGAGAAAAAGACGACGGACGACAAAUGGUGGCUUCCUACAGUCAAAGUUCCUCCAGAGGGCCUCCCCGAAGCGUCACGGAAAUGGUUACAGUCUCAAAAAGAUUCUGUGAAUCAGGUGCUCAAAGCAGCCAUGGCCAUAAACGCGCAAGUUCUGUCCGAGAUGGAAAUUCCUGAUAGCUACAUCGAAUCCUUACCCAAGAAUGGAAGAGCAAGCCUUGGAGAUUCAAUCUAUAGGAGCAUUACGGUGGACUUCUUUGACCCCGAUCUGUUCCUCUCAUCGAUGGAUUUAACGUCCGAACACAAGAUUCUAGACCUUAAGAACAGGAUCGAGGCUUCAAUCGUGAUAUGGAAGAGGAAGAUGACCAACAAGGACGGGAAAUCAUCUUGGGGCUCGGCUGUGAGCUUGGAGAAGAGAGAGCUCUUCGAGGAAAGAGCCGAGACCAUCUUACUCCUCCUCAAGCAACGGUUCCCAGGACUUCCCCAGUCGGCCCUCGACAUCAGCAAAAUCCAAUAUAACGGGGAUAUAGGUCAAGCUAUUUUGGAGAGCUAUUCGAGGGUACUCGAAAGCUUGGCCUUCACAGUCAUGUCGAGGGUCGAAGAGGUCCUACACGCCGACUAUGUCGCACAAAAUCCAUCACAAGUGACGGCCACGGAGAAUGGGUUCAGAGAUUCUUCCCCGCUCAAGGAGUCGGAGAACUUCUCCUCGCCAAGAGAAGAUGCGGAGAAGCUUGCUUCUCCAAGGACACCGUCUUCGAUGACUCUAUCAGAUUUCAUGGGGUGGAGUUUGGAUCAAGGAGACGCCAAUUUGAAGAAGGACCUAGGAGGCGAUGAGUUGCUAAAAGACGGCGAUGGAAAGCAUAUGAAUAAAUUAUUUAAUGUAGGUACGCCCAAGAAGUUUUCUUACAUAGAAAAGCUUGAGCGCGCCGGGGGUUUAAGAAGCCCGACCGCACGGCAUUAGUGAUACUUGUAGGAAGAGAGAAGGUUAGGGACAAGCACAGAGAAAAAAGAGAGACAUCGGAGAGUAAAUAGAACCGGCAAUCUGUCUGUGUCAGGACCCUGAACGGGUUUGAG